CGGGUGAAAAGUUUCCUACAAAACACGAAAUUUUGCACCGCCGUCGCCGUUCGAGCGCUAGAAAAGAAACGAGUGCGAGUGCGAGAGAAGCCCACUAACUAGCCAGCUAACUAACUAAUUUCGGGAAAUACUAUCCUUUCGGUGUGAUCGAGUUCAAGGACUCGCUACUAACUUGUUCCAGUUUCGAAAAACGGGCAAACCCAAAUCAUUUGCCAAUGUGACCAGUGAAAUAAAAUACCCAAAACCAUAACAAACAUCGAGAACUGCAGCAGAUGCCGCAUCUGCCGUUCUAAGUUUUUCAGUUUUUCAUCUGAGUCCCGUUCCCGAUUUUAAUCUGCAGUUCCAGUUUCGCGCUCGGUUUUCUGGUUUUCCCUGCAUUUUCUUUCUAUUGCGUUUCCUUCGUUCGGUUUUCGCGUCGCGGUUUGUUAUUGUCAACUUUCGUUUUCGUGCGGUUUUUCGCGGCUUUUCUAACGGUCCAACAACGGGCGGCAAAUGGGCAGUGAAUCUGGCAUGGAUUUCCAAUAGCUUCAAAAUACUCAGCAUUUUCCGAGGGAAACGAUUCGAGGAAGGCGAAGAAAAUGGAUUAACAACAAAGCUUUUUAUCAAAGGAUUUGAGAACGACGGCCACAACAACACAAAAAUUAUUUGGAAAUCUUUAAAGCAACUUACAACAUAAAACCCCUUUCGGCCCACAAUCAAAAUUCAAAAAAGCAAACCAACAAAAAGCAUAAAAUGAAUUAAGCUAAACACACAACUUAUAUGAAAUAUAAAAUAUUAUUACUAUUAAAGCCAAUAACAAAUAACGCGCUAAUGUUUAAUUAAUUGUUAAGACCAAAACCCAAACAAACAAACAAACGGAAGACAAAGAUUUUUAAGCCUACACAUUAAGUACAAUUUACUAGACAUAAAUACUUAAAUUAUUUUUAUAUCCGACGACAUAUUAACAAAGCAAAUUCAAUUGAAAAACGAAGCAAAAACCAGAGUACAAAAUCUUAAUCAAUUUACAACAAGCAAGCAUCAAAUAUUAUCAACAACAAACAGCAAGUAAUUAAUAACGUAAAUACAACAACAACAACGCAUACAAAAUACAAAUUUUACAAAUUACAAAUUUACAAAGAUUUUUAAAGGAAAGAAAACCAAACGAAGUCUGCUACAAAUUAAAAAUCAAAUAUCAAAAUACAAAUUUUUGCCUAGCUGCCGUUUUACAAACAAACAAAAGAAUAAAGUACAAAACAACCAACAACAAAUCUUAAACAAUUUUUAAACAACAAUUUAAUAAAAGCACUUUACAAAAGAAGAACACAAUUAAAUAAAAUAGAUAUUCAACUUUGCAUUAAAAAUAAAAGUAAAAAAAAAAACACGCAAAACCAGUGAGUUCAAAAUAAACGAAAUACAAAUCUUGGAGUAGCUUCAACUUAUAUGAUAGUAUACAAAUAUAUUAAACGGAUAUAAUCAGAGUGUUUUACACUAGCCAACAAAACGAAAAACGAAACCAGUCAAAUAUCAGAGACACAUUUUUUAAAGAAGAACUACCUCAAAAAGCAGAGAAACGAACGAAAAGUGAACCGAAAAGUGUACAAAAAAGUCAGUAAAAACAGAUCUUUGAAAAAUCAGUACAAAGCCCCGCAGUUUUGAAAGACAACUGCAUAGCCAUGCCAGUGUUUGAGCUUAAAUGGCGUCUUCAAUUUUAGCCCAGAGCAGCACAGGCGCUACCGUCGACAGCAGCAAUUUGGGAGCAUCUGCAGCAGCAGCGGCAGCAGCAACAUCCGUGGAGGCCACUGUGUCCAGCCUGCACAACACCCAUCUCAAUCAGCUGAGCAGCCUGAGCCAGCACUACACCACGCCGUACCAUCAUCCGCAUUCGCAUUCGCACUCGCAUCACCACUACCAGCAGCAGCACUAUCCGCAGCAGCAACAUCUCCAGCAGCAGCAGCAGCAGCAGCAACAUCAGCAGCAGCAACAGCAACAGCAGCAGCAGCAGCACUGGGACUACUAUGCCAGGCAGCAGCAGCAACAUCAGCAGCAGCAGCAGCAACAGUCAACGGCCGCCACCAGCAACACCAACGGCAACAACAGCAACAGCAACGGCAACAACAGCAACACCGACGGCAGCAAUACCACGGUUCCAGCGCCCCUGGGCAGCAGCAACAGCAGCAGCAAUCAUGCUAAUGCUGCAACUGGUGGCAGCAACACUGGCCAGCGGCACGGCGAUGCCAAUGCCAAUGCCCUUUCCGCCGCCUCCACCGCAGUAGGCAAUCCGGGUAAUCCCCAGAACUCGACGGCCAACUCGAAUUCGAACUCCAAUUCCAACUCGAACGGCAGCUACACGCGUCCCUGGGAAAUGGAGUCCAAGGACAAUGGCCCCCAACAACCCCAAACGCAACCCCAUCAUCUGCAACUAAAGAGCGGCUUUGAACCCUUCUCUAAGCUGCCCUCCUUUCAGAGCCAGUUCCAUGGCUUCAAUGAGCAAUUACUACCGGAUGGAACACCCAUGCCGGUGCCAGUGGGAGCAGUAGUAGGUGGAGUACCACCACCAGCAGCAGCAGCAGCUGGAUCCGUGCCUCCAGUGCCAGGAUCCCAGGUGGGACCAGGCUCCGCCAUGAGCUCCCUGCAAACGGUGGCCAUGUCCCCGGCCAGCAUCUCAGUUAGCUCACCGGGCAUGAUGAGUGUGGGCUCACCUUUGACCCAACUAUCCAGUCUGCAGACCAGCAUCACACCGCCAUCGGCGGGCAGUUUUCCGGCACCACCGCCGCCCAAUGCCUUUGCGCACCACCACGCCCUCAAUCCGCACCACCAUCAUCGAGGAGGAGGCGCCGGAGUCACCGGUUAUCCCACGCCCUAUGCCGAAUUGCCACUCUAUCCGGGAUUCACCCCGUUGAGUGUCAAAAAGGAGCCCAGUUCGGGAGCCAGCGACUUUGAGAUGCUGCUCAAGAAGGAGGACUUUGAUCUCAGCCACAGCGUUGGUGGCGCCGGCGGACUGAUCCACCAUCCGCUGCAGCACGGCCAGCCAGUGCAUCCCAUACCCAUGGGAAUGCACACGCCCACCUCGUACGAUGGCAACAACAGCAACAACAGCUAUCCGCAGGCAACGGCUGGAAGUGGGAGUGGCAGCCACACGCCGCACACCACCACCCAGCAACAACAGCAACAGCACCAGCCCACGCCCACGACAACCACGCCGGUCAAGGUCGAGAAGCUCCUGCAGUCGCCGAUAGCUCGGCUGGAGGCCCGGAAGAAGGAGCGCCGGAAACAGCGGCCCAAUUCGCUGGAGUCCAGUGCCGAGAGCGAGGCCAGCGGCAUGGACGUAGACCCCAGCAAUCCUGGCCAAGUGGACGCCGUCUCCAGCACGGCCAACUUUAAGAGUCCGCUGAGUGCCCUAGGAAUGGGGGACAGCAACGAUGCGAAUGCCAGCGGAUGCGACAAGCAGGACUACGGUCGUCGCCACCAUCUUCCGCCACCCACACUGCCACGACCCACGAACACAAUCACACCCGCCACCCACAACCACCACCCACACCAUAACCACAACCACAACCACUCCAACGACAACAACUCCUCUUCCUGCUCUCUCUUCCAGUCGAAGAAGAAGCGCAAGCGGUGCGGCGAAUGCGUGGGAUGCCAGCGCAAGGACAACUGUGGGGAGUGCGCCCCCUGCAGGAACGACAAGAGCCACCAGAUCUGCAAGCAGCGCCGCUGCGAGAAGCUCACCGAGAAGAAGGAACCCAAAGCCAAAACCAUCGCCUUUGGAGCCGAUGGUCAGCCCGUUCGACCCGAUUCGAAACGCGGCCGGGGCAAGGGAAAGUCCUCUGGUUCCGGCAAUGGAUCGGUUAACGCCACAGGUAUCGCCGCCGGCAAUGGAACACCAACAACUGGGCAGUCACGCGCCCGCAAAAACUCCACCAAAGCAAACAAACUGAAUGCAGCCGCUGCAUCAGCAACAUCGCCUCGUCUAAGUCCAGUGCCGGCAGCAACACUGUUGCCGCAGCAAUCGCCAAAUACCACAACAGCAACAGGCAACCUGCAGCAGCAACAGCAGCAGCAGCAGCAGCAAUACCAGCAGCAUCAGCAACUUCUGUCGCAGCAGCAACUCCUGUCGCAGCAGCAACAGCAAUAUCAGCAGCCGCAGCAGCAACAGCAGCACUUCCAGCAGCAACAGCACUUGCAGCAGCAGCAGCAGCACGCACAGCAGCAACAUUUGCCACAUCAGCAACAUCAGAUAACCGCACAAAUCCAAACCAUGAAGGAUCAACCGCAACAGCCCAUGGCACCCAUGGCCUUCUACCCCACAUGGCAGGCGGAUCCGUCGCAGGGCUGGCAGAACCAGUUCAUCCAGCAGAUACCACAGAACACACCGGCCAUAACGUCGCUGAACUCGCUGGACUUCCAGACGCAGUCGUACGCGUAUCCCUCGAACGGCUACGUCCAGUCGGGACUGGGAUUCGAUCCGAACUACGGGCGGUCGCCGUAUGCGGCGCCAGUGCAGCGCUACGACUUCCAGAGUCAGCAGUUGUCCACGGCUCCGUCGGCCAUCAACCAGGUGGGUCUGCAGAGUGUGGCGGGAUUUGCCCCGAGCUACGCAGGACAGGUGUCCGCUGCUCCAGUGCCGCCGUCGCAGCAGCAACAGCAGCAGCAGCAGCAACAACAGCAGCAGCAACAUCUGGGAGCGGACCUCAAUAAGACGAUGUCGUCGGGAAACGACACGCCUGGAUAUCCGCGGGUGAGCAGCGUGCCGCCGCGCUCACUCAACUGUAACGGGUAUUCAGGCGAUUACAGCGGUUCCCCAGCCAGCAACAGCAACAACAACAGCAACAGCAACCCCAGUAGCAACCCCAGCAACACCAGCAACAGCAAUCCCCCGAAUGCCAGCACAGUGGUCAGUGGUGGCACCACCACGCCAGCUCCACCACCCACUGUUGUGGCCCAGCCCGCCUCCUCGCCCAUGCAGCCACCCAUUCAGGCGGUGCCCCAGUCGCCCACGCGCAGCAACAUGUUGCAGCAGCAGCAGCAGCAACAUCAGUCGCCCACGGGCAAUGGGCUGCAGCCCUAUGUGGCACCCCAGCAGCAGCAGCAGCAGCAGCAACAUCUCGCCUCGCCACCCAUGCAGGAUUGGAACUGGCAGCAGCAGCAGCAGCAACAGCAACAGCAGCAGCAAUCUUUGGCUGCGGAGGGCUACCCCCAGGGUGAGAGACUCCAUCUGAACACCCGCAUCAAGUCGAUGAUCAUGCGCAAGAGCGAUCCCAAGGAUCCGCCGCCGGACUUGCAGCAGCAACAGCAGCCUGUGCAACAGCAGGUGCAACAGCAGCAGCAGGCGGCGGUGCAGCAGCAGCAACAACAGACCGGUCAUUUUUUAUCGUAUAGCCACCAUCUCCGGCCCGAAGCGGCGCUGAGCGCCAACGGACCGAGCAGUGCCACGCCCACCCACCCACUGCCCAACCUGCAGCAGCAGCAGCAGGUGCAGCAGCAACAACAGCAGCAAGUGCAACAGCAGGUGCAACAACAGCAGCAACAGCAGGCGGUUGGUGGGUCAGUGGCUGCCGAGCCGAUCGGAGGUGGUGGCGAUCACAUCUGGAAGCCGCACCACGCCAACUCGUUCAAGAAACCCAGCGUGGUUAGUGGCUAUCCAGGAGGAGGAGCAGCAGUGGGCCAAGAUGCCCAAUUGCAGCUGCAGUUGCAGCAACACCAGCCAGGACAGCACACGACCAUCAGCCACUCGGUGGAGCCACCGGUGGUGGUGCCACCACAACAACAGCAACAACAACAACAUCCACCAGUUCCAACCGCUCAGCCCAAGAAGUCCAGGAGUCGCAGCAAAGCCAGCAGAGCAGCCGCCGCAGCAGCAGCAGCAGCGGAGGCAGCGGCGGAGAUCGAUCGGGAUCGAAACUCCACGGAUCCAGGAGGCGGUGGUCUCAAACCGCUGAGUGCCCACUAUCCCCCGCAUCCACAUGCCGGACCCGGAGGACCACCUGGUCAGGACUACCACUCGCAGUACAUAAAAACGGAGCCUGGCCUGCUGGGACCUCCGCAACCCAACAAAAUGGAGGGUUACGAGCGGAACUAUCAGAACUUUAUCCAGUAUGCGGAUUUCUGCCAAAACGAUGGUCAGGGACAGCCGGUGCAGCAACAUCAUGGUCACGGGCAGCAGGAUUACGCCGGCUAUCAUCACAAUUCCGCCUAUUAUGGCGCCGGAGCGAGUAGUUUUCAGCAGAAUUUCCAGCAGAACUUUGUCCCCGGCUAUCAGCACUCCACCUAUGGAGGAAGGGGGAAACCCCCAGCCAAUCAGAUCCACGGACAUGGUCAGAGUCUAAUGGAACUGGACCGGAAGCCGGACACCAACAGCAUUAUACCACUGCCCACGAACUACGAGAAGGAUAUACCCGCCUAUCCGAUUCCGCCACAUCGCUAUGCCUUGGGACACGGAGCUCCGCCGCAUUUGAGUCACCAUGGGAUGCUGGAGCCCAAGAUCGAGGACAUGGGAAUGCUGGGACACGGCGGAGGAUAUACCUAUUUGGGUGGUGAGGGAAAGCCCUUGAAUAAUGGCUUCUCCUGCUGCCGACAAGGGGGAACUCGUCCUCCCACCGCCGAGCACUUGAAGGAUGGAACCUGCCUGGGACUGGGCAUUCAGCCCAAAGAGGAACUCAUCGACGAGGAUGAGCUGAUCGACACCCAUGGCAAUGGCCUCAAACCCCUGGUGGGAGUGGGCAAGGCCAAGGGUAAGCAGAAACCAGAUGAAAUCCCAGAGAUUGUGGUCAAGCACGAGAAGAUCAAUCCCCUGUUCGACACCACGGAUCGAUUGGAGAAGGGCAACAAGACCGAGAUUCCCGAGUGCGAGUGCUUCCAGUCAGACAAGAAUCCUCCGGAACCGGGUACUUACUACACGCAUCUAGGCACGGCCUCUUCUCUCAUGGAUUUACGAAGAGAGUUCGAGGAGCGUUGCAACCUCACGGGUCGCCAGUUGAGGAUCGAGAAGAUUGUCUACACGGGCAAGGAGGGCAAGACCUCGCAAGGAUGUCCGGUGGCCAAGUGGGUAAUCCGAAGAGCUGAUCUCGAAGAGAAGAUUCUGGUGGUGGUCAAGAAACGACCGGGCCACAGAUGCAUAGCUGCUUAUAUUGUAGUCUGCAUGGUGGCCUGGGACGGAAUGCCUCGCUUGGAGGCGGAUAAUGCCUACAAGAAUCUGAUCCCGAAGCUGAACAAGUACGGCCUGCCCACCACGCGAAGAUGUGCCACCAAUGAGAAUCGCACCUGUGCCUGUCAAGGACUUGAUCCGGAGUCGUCGGGUGCCUCGUACUCCUUCGGUUGCUCCUGGUCGAUGUACUACAAUGGCUGCAAGUAUGCCCGCUCCAAGACGGUGAGGAAGUUCCGGUUGUCGGUGAAGAGCGAGGAGGCGGCCAUCGAGGACCACAUGAACCUGAUCGCCACCCUGUUGGCUCCGGUCUUCAAGCAGGUGUGUCCGCGAUCCUACGACAACCAGACGAAGUACGAGCACGAGGCCAGCGAUUGUCGCUUGGGUCUGGAGCCCGGCAAACCCUUCUCCGGAGUCACCGCCUGCCUGGACUUCUGCGCCCACUCGCACAGGGAUCUGCACAACAUGCAGGAUGGCUGCACGGUCCAUGUGGCUCUGCUGAAGCCCGGCAACCGGGACACCCGCCUCCCAGACGACGAGCAGUUCCACGUCCUGCCGCUCUACACGAUGGACGGCACGGACGAGUUCGAGAGUGUCGAGGGUCAGAGGGACAAGCACCGCACCGGGGCGGUGCAAAUGCUGGACAAAUUCCCCUGCGAAGUACGCGUGCGAUCAACACCUUUGAUACCCUGCAGAAGGCAUGGCAAGAAACGAAAGGAUGGCGACGAUGCGGUGCCACCCGACGGAGAUCAGGACGCGGUCGGGGAUGCCAAUAGCCAGAGCAGCUCCAGCAAUGGAGCCCAGUCCCAGACGCAGGCCAACAACCAGCAGAGUAGUCCGCCAGCCCUGGGAACGGCGCACAUCAAGAAGGAAAACGGCAGUGGGGGAGGAGGAGUGGCAGCCAAUGGAGCGGGUGGCAAGUCAAAGGGCAAGGGAAAGUCCAACCAGUCCAACAACUCCAGUGCUUCCACGCCGGGAUCAGCGCCUCCGUCGACGCCCUCGCCCAGAUGUCAGACUCCCGUGACGAACAAUCCCAGUCCGGCGGGCAGUGCUUUCAGUACGCCACCAGUCCAUGGCUCCAAUGCCAAUUCCCAGAGCAAUGGUGGCCAGGCAGCGGGUACGGGCAAUCAACCCGGACAGCUGAUGAGCUCCAACUCCAGCCUAAUGAACAUGGCCACCAUGAUCGACACGUUCACGGAUGCCCAACUGCAGUCCAACCAGAUCUCAAGCACUGUCCUGGAUUCGCCGUACUCCUAUGACUACCAGACGGGCUCCUACAUAGACUCCAGGAACUACUAUGGCCAGUGGCCAACGCCCCAUGCUGCGAUGGGUAUGCAGGCGCAGGUGGGACCAGGAGGACCAGGAGGAGGUGGAGCAGGAGGUCCUGGGGGAGCGGCGGUGGCCGGAGUGCCACCACUGACACCGACCACGCCCACGGCUCAGCCACAACUGGGCGUGCCACCGGCUACCUCUGUGCCCGGCGGAACCACCACUGGAGCAGGGGCGCCCGGAGCACUUCCGCCCACAGCUCCUCCUUCGGUUACUCCCACCCAACUGGAGACGAGCAAUGGCUAUGGACCGGGGAGCUAUCAAACCCUGGUCAGUAAUCCCGCCUCGAAUCUAGCCAAUCCCGUUGGCGUGACCACUGAGGUGCAGCAGCAACAUCAGCAAGCCCAACAGCAACAGGCAGCCCUAACGGGAGGAUCCCUACCCGGUGGUCUGCCCGCGGUGGGCGGAGGAGUAGCACCCGGUGACCUCAAGAGCCGGCUGGUCAGCGGCGAGGAGAACCCGGACUCCACCACCCUGGUGAACCACCAUCAUCACCAUCACAAUCUCACGGAGAGCAAACUAACCGCCCUGACGGCCAUGCAACCGAUGACGAACCUCGCGCCGCUGACCACCUCGCAUCAUCAUCCGCAGGAGGGAUUCGUGAAGCCGAAGCCACCGCCCAGCGACUAUACGGCCCAGUAUACGGCUCAGUAUCCGAAUAACUACCAGAUGUACCCGCCUCCACCGCCGCCGCCACAUUCGGCGUACUCCGCCUACGAUGCCUAUCAGAACAUGAACUACAACUAUGGGUAUCACCAGGCGUACUCACCCUACGGCAUGUAUCCCCAGCAGACGCCUCCGCCCACGCCUCCUCCACCAUCGCCCAAUUGGAAUAUGUAUGGUCACCAUCAGACGGGGUCCGUCAACUCCGGUUACGGUGGUGCCAAUCCUGCAGCGGGAGCGGGCUCCCUGAUAGCCACCCAUGGUGCAGCGGCGCCUGCGGGCGUGGGCAUCCAGAAACCCAUAAUUCCAAUGCCAGGACCACUGCAUCAUCAGCAGCAGCAGGUGUUGCAGCAACAACAGCAACAGCAGCAGCAGCAGCAGCAGGCGCAACAGGUGCAACAGCAGCAGCAGGAAGCGCCACAAACGAUAUUACCCGACCUGAGUAAUGGCCAAACCACCUCCGAUACAGUAGCCACACCCACGCCCACUGGCGAAUCCUCUAGCAACGAUGCCGGAUCAGGCAAUCCCGCUGGUAACCAAACACCCACUGGCGGAGCAAGUGCAGCAUCCACGGCACCGCCUGCUGCCUCGCCGGGAAGCACGAAUACCAGCAAAAUCGAACCUAUUGGCGAGGUGGCAGAGAUCAAUGAGAACAUCGAGGCCUUCCAGGAUCCCCAAAUGGGCGGCGUGGCCAUUGCCCUGAAUCACGGGAGUGUCCUGAUCGAGUGUGCCAAACAUGAGAUGCACGCCACGACGGCGGUGCGAAGGCCAGACCGUCAUCAUCCCACGCGGAUGACCCUGAUCUUUUACCAGCACCGGAAUCUCAAUCGGUGUCGCCAUGGCAUAGAUGAGUGGGAGGAGAAGAUGCGGGUGAAGAAGAUCAACACGGAUCUGGACAACAAAGCCAAAGAGGAACGCGAGCGACUGAUUAAGAAGGCGGCUGGCGAGGAUCUGGACGAUCUGGAUGAGGAUGCCCUCAUGGACGACCCGCCGCCCAUUAAGAAGGAGUCCGCCGCCAAUGGCCAGCAGCUGAAGAACGGGGCCAGCGGCAGUAAAAAGAAGAAGAGCAGUGAUUCCAAAAAAUCCCAGAAUGCCAGCGAGCAGUCAAAAAACGAGAAGGUUGCCCUCCACGCACCAACACUGACGACCACGUCGUGGACGACCCUGUUCCCCAUGCAUCCGUGCGUGGUUUCGGGGAAAUAUCCGGAGGGCAAUAGCAGUCCGACCUCGUCCACGAACAACGCGCCCAACGGUGGUGGUUGCCCCGCCCAACAGCAGCAGCAGCAGCAGCCGCCUCCGCCUGGCAGUGGGCUCACCCACACCCACCCUCCGCCGGGCACGCCCACUGGCGCCGGAGCAGCGCCACCGCCCACUCCGCAACAGCAGCAGCAGCAGCCGCUGCCGCAGCAGCAGCAGACCUGAAUCUCUUCAGGCUGAGGGGCUACUACUGGUAACAGACCGCCGGAACCCGCUGGAUAGCCCUUAUCUUAAGCACCCACACAAAUCAGCCCUGUUCCGGAUUUCACAUGCGAUGGGAUUAGGUGGCUCGGAAAGUAGUAAAUGGAUUGUAUUCCAAAACAAAUUCAAAAAUGAUUUGGGAAGAAUAAAUAUUGAACUAUUACCCCUAAAAGGGUUUUGAAAUUUAAAAACCUUUUCCAAAAAUUUUAGUAGUCUUUUAAAAGAAAAAUUUUGUAAUUUAGGUAAUCCAGAUAUUUUUGAAAUUACUUUUUUAAAUAAUUUCAAACACAGUUCUCCCAAAAAGCUAGAUUGAAAACCAAAAAAUUUGAAAAUUUUUUAAUGUGUAGGUUGUAUUUCGAAGUUAUCGAACUCUAACAAGAGAAGAACCAAACCAAAAAUUUAAGCAACUUCAAGAAAUUCUAACAGAUCAUAAGGCCUAACAAAAACAUAACCAAUCCAUUAAACAAAUUAUGAAUCCACCCAUGUAAAUCAAAGUGAAAUCAAAGAACAGGGUUGUAUGACUGAAAAUUCACUCAAAGCAAAGAAAAGAAACGGAGACAGAAGAAUUAAUUAUUUUUGUAAAUGCGUUUGAUUUCGUGUGCCAUAGGAGGAGAGUAUGAAAACUCCCCGGAAAAAGGAGUUGCAGUUAAAAAAAAAAGUACAGUUGACGCUGCCAGGCCAGAGUUGUCACCAUUCCACAAAAAAAGAACACCCAGAUACAUCACACUUUUCACUCAGCAAAAAACCAACCACAAAAAUAACAAGUUUCUAAACUGAUAAUGCAGUUAGUUUAAAAUCAACUAUUAACUUUAGUUUCUUAAGAGCCAGCAACAAAACAAUUUCUGUUAAAUGAGUUAUUUUUUAAAGACAAGAAAAAUGCAAACUACAGAACAACAACAAAAACGAAUACUACUAAAACAAAAACUAAAUAAAGAAAUUUUUGCUUAGAAACAAAAAGUCAUAUUAAGAGUUAGUGGAAGUUGAAAAAAGAAAGAUCAUUGCCAAAAGUACAAAUAAACCAUUUUUUAACAAGCAACUAGAAAAACGUAAAGAAUUUCGCAAGACAACAAAAGAAAAUAGUUGGUAACAGAGGAAAACAGUUUUUACAAAAGAACUACACUACACUACAAGAGUUUUAAAUUUAGUUAAAUACCCCGUUUUUCCAACAAUUUGACUGUCCUUUGGGAUUGGCUCGAAAUUGAGUGGCAGUGCCAAACGAAUUUAAAUUGUAUAAAAGGGCAAAUGAGGAAUUUCUCUCAGGUUUACCAAGAACACUGAAAGAAAUUUCCCAUAUGCUCAGCUGAUUUACCGUUAAACCAGACCACAAGCAAAACAGUUGAAAAUGGUGCGAGCAGGACAACUAGAACUACAACUAGAGAAGAUUUGAAUAUUUUUGAGCAAGUGAGAAAGAG